CAGGGCCGCACCUCAGUCUCAAUCCCUUUUGUAUCAGAAUUCUCGCCUCUAAAUCACAGACAUAUGGUCAGUUCCAAACAUUAAUCAAGUCGGUAUUUGAAACUGUAAACACCAAAAAAAGUUACGAAAAAAAAAAUAAUCAAAAGAACUGCCCAUCAAGGAACAAUUGCUUUAGAACGAGUAUGCUGAACCUAAAAGACGCUUCAAAUAAAAGACAUUUUGUAAAUCAAAACCUGAGAAAUGGCUCUCAUGUUGAAUUUCUGUUCGAAAAUCAAAAAUCCCUGAACACGGAACCAGGAGUACACCUUGGCGAGGUAGACCAGGAAUAUGUCCGAGAUAUUGACAAGUAUCUUCUUGCAGUUGAGGGAGGAGAAGAUCAAGGUCGAGAAUUCUCUCCGAGAAGGGAAAGCAGAAAAAACCUUAGAAGUACCCCGGUAUGGACCAGAGCAAAGCUUUUGCUUCUUCAGUUUCAAGAAGAAACUGACAUUGUGUCAGGGAUGCAAUCCAAUGAGCCACCGGCGAUGCAACAAAAACCUUGCUCUUCAGACUCUCAAUAUUUUCACUUCCCAGAGAACUACCAUAGCAGUCACCCCACGAGCACUUUGGAGUCUACCGAUAUAUUCAGGGUCAUCAAUGAUAUAAAUUUUAGAGUCGAGAGUGACUCAGCAUCUAUUAUUUUGAAGGAAAUUGUCGAUAACUAUCGGUAUAUCUUCGGGCACAUACUCAAAAUUGUGGUAGUUCCAUGCAACAUCAAGAUCCAAGGAUUUCUCGGCGAUAUUUUGUCAAUUCGAAAUACAUUCGGUGAGCUCUUAUCUUUGGGAUUGGGAUCUAGCAAUGAACUUCUGAUCAUCUACGAACAUUUGAAAAACCCAAAAGAAACAGACGUGAAAUUCUGGGAGGAGAAAAUGGAAAGGAGUAGCUCCAAAGUUACUGAAAUAUGCAUCCAUAUGGAAAAGAUUCAAUGCGAUUUGGCUUUUCUCGAGACUUGGUUCAAUCUCCGAGUCUCAAGAAUCACGGAUACAGUUGCCAAGAUCAGCAUCAUGAGAGACAAGGUAUUAGAAAGCUAUUAUCGAUUUUAUGAGCGAAAUUCUUCGGAAAUAUUCUUUUGCUCGACAGAUGUUCAUAAAUACGCUGGAGUAGACGAGUAUAAAAAGAAAACAUUAUGGCACUACAAUCUUGACUUUGAAGACUUUAAGGAUAUUAUGAGUCAGAGCCUUCAAGCAUUGAUUGCCUCGAGUGAAACCGUCGAUAUGAUAAUUGAAAGACUACAUGACGUGAUUACAGAUGCGAAAAUAUUGAAUGAAAAUAAUUGCUCACCCUAAAAAUUGCUGUAGUAGCAAAGACAUUGCGAGAAAUUUGGAUUUAUUGGCGAAGAAUAAUUGAAAGCUUUUCUGGAUAUUCGGCCCAUCUG